AGUGCAAAUUGCACAUAUCUAAUCCAAGCCCUAAGAAUAAGAACUUUAAAAUAUGAUUUAAAUACUAAAUAUUAAGCAGCAAAACAAAAUAUAUAAUGUUUCGCGCGUAUUAUAAAAUUAGUUCAAUCGAGUGCUUAUCAACACACAUACUUUCUGCGCAAGUACAAUUUUUUCGGUUUUCGACAAUCGCGAGAUCUUCGGCGAGUACAAAAUUACAGGAUGCAAGAAACGUGCCAUCAUCUAAUAACUCUGGUCCCUCCAGCAUAUUAAAUCAACAGAAAUCAGAAAAUGUAAAAAUAUCCGUAGAGAAAUGUCCAUGGAUGCCGAGCCCAUAUGUAGAUGAUGGCAAAGUUUUUAGUAAAUACAAAAAACUUUCCAAGUUUCGUUUGACAUCGUUAGUUGUCAUAACGACAAUGGGCGGAUAUGCCAUGGCACCGGCUGCGUUUGACUUAACUACAUUUGCAAUGUGCACAUUGGGAACAGGCUUGGUUUCAGCAGCGGCAAAUGCUAUCAACCAAUAUCAUGAAGUUCCCUUCGACUCACAAAUGUCGAGGACGAAAAACCGCGUGUUGGUAACUGGCCAAAUAACUCCGCUCAAAGCGGUUGGUUUCGCAGUUGUAUCAGCGACCUCAGGAUUAUGUUUAUUGUAUUUUGGUGUCAACGGGCUAACAGCAGCUUUGGGCGCCGGUAACCUGUUUCUUUACACCUCAAUAUAUACGCCAAUGAAGCGAAUGAGUAUUGCCAACACGUGGAUAGGCUCAAUUGUUGGAGCAAUACCGCCACUGAUGGGCUGGGCAGGUUGCACAGGAACUCUGGAUGCGGGCGCAAUGAUUCUUGCCGGAAUUCUGUACGCGUGGCAGUUCCCGCACUUCAACGCCCUGUCGUGGAACCUACGUCCGGAUUAUUCGCGAGCCGGAUAUCGCAUGAUGGCUGUUACCAACCCGGGCCUUUGUCGUCGAACUGCACUACGCUAUGCAUUCGCGAUUUGCGGACUGUCUAUGGUAGCUCCCCUUGCUGAUGUUACUAAUUAUUGGUUUGCUUUGGAGACGUUGCCUUUAAAUGCAUACUUUUGUUAUCUAGCUUAUGAAUUUAAAUCCAAAUCUGACAGUGGAAGCUCCCGAAAGUUGUUCAGAUUUUCAUUAAUACAUUUACCUGCCCUCAUGCUACUGUUCCUGGCCAACAAAAAAAAUUGGUAUUUUAAGGAUAAUGUGGAAGAAAAGCACGUGAAAAGUGAUGACUCUUAUGUGUCCCGCUUGACUACCUCGCCAUCAGGCAGCCUGGAAAAUGUAUUACCACUAAAGGUAACAGUUGGUUCAAGUUGAUCUUUGAUGCUAACUUUAUUGUAAUUCCUUUAGAUGUAAUUAGAAUAUAUUUAUUCUAACUUAAUAAACAAAACUUUUAAAAAGAAACUAAUGGUCAAUAUGUGCUCAUAACUUUUAGUUAGUUAAGUUUUCUAAUAGUUUGUUUAAGAAUAUGUAAUUUCUUAGUUAGUUAACCUAUAUGAUGUGGCACCCAUCUGGCGAUUUGGAAUAGAAACCUGAGCUCUGGCUUGUCAAUUCAACCGCAAAAGAGCGCAGUCUAAUGAAAUCGCAAAAAGUGCAAUCUCUCCGAGGUACAACUCUAUUCAGUUUGGCAGAAGCUCCAUUUUACGUUCGCAAUAGCGUACACUACGGACACUUGAAAAUCCCCUGGUUCGAAGACCAAAUUCAAGCAGCUGUAUACGCCAACAGGUUCGCUAGCAACCUUCGAGUGGCCGGACUAAGGCAAGGUUUCGAAUUAUUGAAGUUAAGGGCAAGGAGCAUAAGUUUGAAUAUAUCCGCCAGCCGCCAUGCAACCGGUCAUCGACGAUCUGUUGCUCAACGCAACUUUACUUCCGCGGCUACGAGGGGAAGAAGAAGAAUGAAGUGUGAUAAAUGUAAUCAAGAUAAUGGCAUAACCACUAAUUCUCAGACAUCGUUGGAAGCCGGCGUUAAACAUAACGAUAUCCCAAACAUAAGUUUGCUGUCUGUGAACAAUUGGCAUUUAUUGUUCGAGUGUCUAGACAACCUCUGGCAGAUAACGCCCGCGGUAUCCAUAGAGCGCUGAGGGUAGACUCGACUGUGAAUGCGUAUUUUCUAACUGUAGCGACGAAAUGUUAUAUUGUUGUCAAUUUAUUUUUAAAAUUAAUACUUUUGAUGCUUUUUCACAAAACUUUCUAUGGCUGCCAUUUU